AUGAUUGUGAAUAUGGCUGGUACAAAUGAAAAUCUUCAAGAUGUAAUCCGCCCUACAAGACCACAAGGAGGAGGAGGAGGAGGGGGAUUAAAGGCAGGAUGUGGGAAACCAGUGGCCCCACUUGGUCAGAACAGGAGGGCAUUGAGUGAUAUCAACAAGAACAUCAUCAGAACUCCACCAGCAUAUCCUUAUGCUGCUAACGGAUUACCAGGAAAAAAACCAAUCGCUACUAAGAAACCUGUUCCAGUUCGUCGACCCAUUACUAGGACAAUUAGUGCACAAACGACAACCAAACCAUCACUUCCCUUGCCCACUGGCAAACCAUCAUUUCCCUUACCUGAGGGUAAAAAGCCAAAAGUCCAAAUUAUCCCUGAUGAGAUUGACACUGAAGACUUGAGCAUCAUUGAUGUUGAAGAUGAUUUUAAUGCACCAAUGUUUGUUCAACAUACAGAAGCAAUGCUGGAUGAAAUAGACAAGAUGGAUGAAGAUGUAUACGAGGAGCCAGUUUUGGACAUUGACAAUGCUGAUAAGGGUAAUCCCCUUGCUAUGGUUGAGUACAUUGAUGAAAUUUUUGCCCACUACCGAAAACAAGAGGUUCAUUACAAAUUUGAACUGAUGGAAGAGACGUUAUAUCUAACGGUCAACCUCAUUGACCGAUUCCUGGAACGUCAGACCGUGUCAAGGAAGAAGCUCCAGCUUGUUGGGGUGACAGCCAUGCUUCUUGCAUGCAAAUAUGAAGAAAUCUCAGUCCCUGUUGUUGAGGACUUUAUUGUAAUUUCAGACAAGGCUUACACUAGAACAGAAGUUCUUGACAUGGAGAAGGUAAUGGUGAAUACCCUUCAGUUCAAUCUCUCGGUUCCCACUCCAUACGUGUUUACUAAAAGAUUUCUCAAAGCUGCACAAUCUCAGAAAGAGUUGGAGGCAUUAGCAUUCUAUUUGAUGGAUCUGUGUCUUGUGGAGUAUGAAAUGGUGAAAUUCCCACCUUCUUUACUGGCAGCAGCUGCAGUCUUCACUGCAGAAUGCACUCUCAAUGGGUCAAAGAAAUGGACAAAAACAACUCAACUCCAUUCACACUAUUCUCUGCAUCAACUUUUGGAAUGCUCGAAGAUGAUGGUUAGUUUACACCAAAAAUCAGGCACAGGGAAACUUGUUUCAGUGUUCAAGAAAUAUGGCACUUCCAAAUAUGGCCAUGUGGCACGAACCCAGUCUCCUGCUCACUUCAUGUUGGAGCCAAGAUUCUGGGAUUGAUUAUGAAAAUUUAGGAGUUUGUUGAUGUUAAAGAAAAACUGAGGUUUUUGAUGUAUUCAGAGCAAUUUAUAGUUGCUCUUAGGUUUUUUUAGGAGUUCCUACAACUAUUUAGACCCGUUUGUUCUAUUUGUGUUUGAUGAUUUCUUAACUAUCUGUGUUUACAAUGUUUCUAAGUAUUGUUUUAAUGCGAG